AGAUGGCUAAUGAGGGUUUACGCGGCAAGUCUUCCGAGGUGCCUAAGGUGGCCAAAAUCAAAUUGUUCGGCUUCUCAAUUUGUGCGGUAGUAGAUGACGCUGAUAAGUACGUUACCAAUGACACUCAAAGUCUCCAAAACUCAGGGAUACACCAAUGCAUCAAUAACAAUAACGGCGUUGCAAAUCCAAUUUUUCCCCGUGAAAGGAACAAAGCAAAAUCAUGGUCCGAGGAUGAGCACAGGGCAUUCUUGGAGGGGUUGGAAAAGCUCGGAAAGGGUCGUUGGAAAGGAAUAGCGGCAAAGUAUGUGCCAUCAAGAAGUGCUACCCAAGUAGCUAGCCAUGCGCAAAAAUACUUCAUUUGGUUGGGGAGAGUUAAUAAGCAAAGGCGCAGUAUUUUCGACAUUGUUAGCGAAGGUGUGUGAGGACAUGUUUGAAAUUGCUUAUCGACAUGAAAUUGGAGGGUCAGAACUCUAUAUUUUGACAAUAUUUAUCGAGA